GGUUUUCUCCGGGUACUCCGGUUUCCUCCCACAUUCCAAAAACAUGCUAGGUUAAUUGGCGACUCCAAAUUGUCCAUAGGUAUGAAUGUGAGUGUGAAUGGUUGUUUGUCUAUAUGUGCCCUGUGAUUGGUUGGCGACCAGUCCAGGGUGUACCCCGCCUCUCGCCCGCAGACUCCAGCACUAGGCUCCAGCACCCCCCACAACCCUUGUGAGGAUAAGCGGUAGAAAAUGAAUUAAUAUUGUACCGUUAUAAGAAUAAGACGGUAUUCUUUUAUAGCAGUCAAAGCAAAUGGUGUAAAUCUUUGGGCAUACUAUUGUUUGAAGUCGAUGUCAGUAGGUCCCCCCAUGGGUCAACUUAGAAUAGGCUGUAUAACAGGCCAUUGGAUCUGUACCAAAUUCUAUCGAUAGGAGCGGUGUCAGCAUAACCCAACAAGUCAGCCAGUAAAGCCAGAAUAGACAAAUCUGAAAAGGAUGCAAUCACUGCCAUAGUACAGGAAAAUUCCCUUCAAAAGGUAUGCAGUUUUAUCAUAAUAGAGAAUAUGGUCUAGGGUCAGACUUCAACAAACAACAGUGUAGCCAAAAGGCACCAAAAUCGUGGACCAGACAGAUUGUUCAUGGCUCACCUACUGUCAGUGUCAAUUUACCUGCAGCCGAGGGACAAGCAGUCUGAGUGCUAUUAAUUUAGCAACUUGAGCAGAACAAUGAUAUGCUAACAGGGGAAACAUCACACAGAAUAAGCCGGAACAACUGAACACCAGGAUAUGAUAAGCUGAGCCUCAUCAGGAUUUUCCAAAGGCUCAUCGGAACGAUCUCGAUGUGGCAAGCAUGAGCAAGAAACCUCAGCACAGAAAUGUUGUUCAACAUCUUCAAGAAGGGAAAGAAAUGAAGCAGGGUUUAAGGCAGGGGUGGGCAAACUAUGGCCCGGGGGCCACAUCCGGCCCACCAAGUGUUUAAAUAAGGCCCGCCCGUUCUUUCCAAAGUAUUUAAUUGAAACUUCAGGUACAACCUGGCAUCAUGGCUUGAGACAAUAUUUUGAUGGUUUAGGUAGCUUUUUUAUCAACUUGGUUAUUUGAUGUGGUCUGCUGUUUACAAUGUGCUCUGAAAAAAGGGACACAAGCACAUAUAGCAGGUUGCAUGACACUUUUACAGAUACAAUAAUUCCAAGUGGACUGUUAGAAUUGUAUGUGUAAAAUAUAUAGUCUGGCACCCUGUCAAUUUUAUUAAAUCAAUGCGGCCCGUGAGUCAAAAGGUUUUGUCACCCCUGGUUUAAGGUUUUGCAAUGCUGCAUGGUGAUGUAGGCUAACAAAGUUAUGUCAUAUUAUAAAUUAAACACUGUGGUGUGAGCUUUAGAUAAUUUAGAGUCUUCAAAAGUGUUGCUAAAGAAUGCAGCUUCAAAUCCAAAAAGGACUGUUAUGCAGCAGGCAUCCAUGUUAACUUUGAACAUGGGGGCAACCCGGACUCAGGAGUGCUGUCAUAAAGAGGCUCUGGAAUAAACUCUGUUAACAUGACUGAAGUUGAAAACUGAAGUUUGGACCCCAUAGCAGCCAGGUGUUUUUGCUCGGCAAUGAUGUCUUCCUUACAUUGUUGUCUACAGUGAGAACAGACCAUCAAAUCAUUCCCAAAACAGUGAGCCAUCAGGAAGGUGGAAGUCUGCCAAACUGUGAGCAAGGGAGGUAUUAGAGAUAGUAAGCUCUCAGUGUAACGUUUUCCAACCAUAAUUGAAAAUCUAAAUGAAGAGGAACACUGAGAAAGGCAUUCAAAAUCCACUUCCGCUAGAGAGUACCAUUGAGUGGAAUGUGUUCGGAACAUUAGGGCAUCAUUCACAGCUUGUCAGUCCUGAGCACAUCUCCAUUCGUCCGAGUGACCAGCUGGUCUGAUUUCUUCACAGGAAAAAUGUCAGUUUGGACAGGGGAGUAAUCAGAUGGCUUUCAACAACACAUCUAAGACAGGGCGUGGAUGUUCCUUGAGUGUGAAUUGAGAGUCCUUUGGCCUGUAAUCGCUUUUGGGUGUGAUGCUGACCAGCGCACAGCCCUUAAUGAUAGCAGUGUUUCUGCUACCAUUAUUUAGCUUAGGAAGUUAAUGUUAUUUCAUUGAAACAAGAACACAACAAGUAAGUUAAAAGAAUAGUUUGGAUUUGGACUUGGGUGGAAUUUAUAGGGAGACACUUCCUUGUUUUUACAAGAAAACAGCAAGUGCGUACCAUUUUUUAAACCAGUAUAGCUCUCGUGUUGCAGUGAUUGUGAUUUGCGCAUCUCAACACUGAGAAACACACCUUUGUUAAAUGGCAAAUUUAUUUUGACUGUGGGUUAUUUUCAGUUUUUUUUUUAUUAGCCUCUAUUCUGAAAGUUUGUGAAAGUUAACUGUAGAGAACCGAUUGCGCGGGGGCAUGCAUAUAGGAUGCCACAUGUAAAAUUCAAUCACACUUUUUUAGCUGAUAUUUUGAAUAUUUAGCUCACUUUUCUCACAUUUGGCUUGGUUUUGUCACAUUUAAGUAAUAUUUUUUUUUAUGCAUGAAUGUGAGUGUGAAUGGUUGUUUGCCUCUGACAUCACAAAAUAACAGUUUUGCAAUGCCCUCUGAAACCUAGCGUUUGAGCCAUCCAAAAGUUUCAGGGCUCACUUCCAAAUGUACAAACCUCAUUAUUGGAAACAUUAGCAUCAUUUAACAUGAGAAAACAACAUUACAACUACAUUUAUAGGUCACAAAAGUGAAAAAAGUACACUAGGUCCCCUUUAAACUAUUGUAAUGUGCAUGACUAUGCAAUUUACUCUGAAUCAUCAAGCAUUAGAAUAGAAAAUAUUGAUUUAUGACCUGCACCAAUGAAUUUGGUUUGGUUUGGCAAUACUUUGAUACUUAGAUUUGAUUCCUAAAGUCUUUACCCUAUGACAUGUUCCUACAGUAUUUUCGGUAGAACGGUAAUGGUACUAAUGAAACGCAUCACCUCUACUAACGCUGUCGUUAUGGCACAGCCUCAAAAUCAAUAGACUGUGGACAUCACAGAAAAGGGUGCACUGUGAUUCAGUUGACAGGUUUCACAAAGAAGACCACCCAUUUUCUGUAUUUUGCAGUUGUCGCUAAACUUCAUGUUGCUCCUGUGUCUGCACGCUUCUGACUGCAGAGCUGUGUUUGUUUGCUUCAGCUGGAUAUUUCUUUCAUUUUUCUAUACAUACAGAACCCACUUGACCACAAACUAAUCUUUUUUCUUGCUGAUACAAUUUUGUCAAAGGGUUAGGAUCACAUGCAUCAAGCUUUCAUUGGGCUCACGGUGCAACAACUUCAACGGAGGUAGACUGGUGACUUGUGAAAAGUGGUCUAGGGAGCACGCUGCACUCAAGAGUUAGCAACCCUGGAUGAGCAGUAGGUCUGCUUGGAGAGAGGAGGAUAGGAGGAGGUACCAGCUGUCAAGAUGACAGAUCCAGAGGGACAAGAUAGCCAAGCUGAUAAGAAGAACUGCACCGACAACAAUGGAUCUGAGCACCAGUGUGGUGUCCAGAAAGGCUCUGGCACCCCAAGGCAGCACCAACAUGAGCACCAUAGCUCACAGUCCAAUGUGGAAGGCUUUGAGGAUUUUGAAGAGUUUGUUUUUGAUUUUGAUGAUUAUGACUUGCUUGAGUCAAUUCACUCUCAACUGGGGUCACCACUCGAUACAAUCCGUCAUAGAUUUGAGGACAACCCCGGGGUAAGACGGCACCUAGUGAAGAAGUCAUCUAGAUGCCAGGUGGCCCGGGCAAGUAACAGUUCGACUCCCCUAUCGAGCUUGAAGAAGAAGAAAAGAGCAGCAGACAAGAAGACCCAUGAGUUGUUUGUAGAGCUGAACGAGCUCAUUGUGGAGAAAGACCAUGAAAUGCGUUGGAAGGAGCGUGCUCGCUGGAUCAAGUUUGAGGAGGAUGUUGAGGAGGAGACUGAUCGCUGGGGAAAACCUCACGUGGCUUCGCUUUCUUUUCGAAGUUUACUUGAGCUUCGUCGCACCAUCACAAAUGGUGCCAUCCUUCUGGACCUUGAGCAGAACUCUCUGCCAGGAAUCGCCCAUUUGGUGGUGGAGACGAUGAUCAUCUCUGAUCAGAUUAGAGCUGAGGACCGAUCCUGUGUUCUCCGGGCUCUACUUCUCAAACACAGCCAUCCAAGUGAUAUGAAACAUCGUUUUCACCGCUACCACUCAUCUGCCAGUCUCCACGGGGGUUACAAUCACAACCACGUCCAGGACACGAGCCUGCCCCUGGUAGCUGAAGAACAUGGUGAACACCAGGAUAACAAAGGACCCGUGUAUGACCCCAAACAGGAAGUUUUUGUCAGUCUGUUUAAAUCUCUCCACCCUCUAUCUCCUGAGAGCCAUCCAGCUGCCGCCAGAUCUUUAAAACUCCUCGCCAAGAUACCCAGAGAUGCUGAAGCUGUCAUUGUUUUAGUUGGCUGUGUUGAAUUUCUGGAGCAGCCAGCCAUGGCCUUCCUGAGGCUCAAUGAGGCUGUGCUUCUGGAGUCUGUGUUGGAAGUCCCUGUUCCUGUCCGCUUCAUUUUCAUUCUGCUUGGUCCCAGUCAGUCCAACAUGGACUAUCAUGAGAUUGGACGUUCCUUCUCAACGCUCAUGUCUGACAAGAACUUCCAUGAGGUGGCUUAUUUCGCAGACAACAGACAGGACCUACUGAAUGGUAUCAAUGAAUUCUUGGACUGCAGCAUUGUCAUUCCACCAUCAGAUGUGGAGGGCAAAGACCUCCUGAAGACAGUCGCUGACUUCCAGAAGCAGAUGCUGCGUAAGCGCAAGGAAAGAGAACUGAAGAAGCACCACUCAUCAUGUGGCAUAGAGCAGGACAACAAAGAUAUCAGUCCAGAGGAGGAGGAGAAUGGAGAACAAGAAAUUGACCCAUUAAAGCGUUCAGGGAUUCCGUUUGGAGGACUGAUCCACGACAUUCGGCGCCGGUACCCUCACUAUGUCAGUGAUUUGAAAGAUGCUGUGGAUAUGCAAUGCAUCGCCGCUGUCAUCUUCAUUUACUUUGCUGCUCUGUCACCUACCAUAACCUUUGGAGGCUUGCUAGGGGAGAAAACAGAGGGCAUGAUGGGAGUGACUGAACUAAUUGUUUCAACUGCAACCCUUGGCGUUAUAUUCUCACUACUUGCUGGUCAGCCACUUCUCAUCAUCGGUUUCUCUGGACCCUUACUGGUGUUUGAGGAAGCAUUCUACAAGUUUUGUCAGGCCUAUGAUUUUGAGUACCUGACUGGUCGAGUUUGGAUCGGGUUCUGGCUCAUCUUUAUUGUCCUGGUGAUUGUCGCGGCAGAGGGCAGCUUUCUUGUUCGCUUUAUCUCACCCUUUACUCAAGAGAUAUUUGCGUUCCUGAUUUCCCUCAUCUUCAUCUAUGAGACAUUCUCUAAGCUUUUCAAGGUUUUUCAAGAGCACCCAUUGAUGGCGUGGUACCCUGGUGAUGCUACCCCUCCAACUGAUCUUCAAGAAGUCAUAAACCAACCCAACACUGCCCUCCUGUCUCUUGUACUUAUGAUGGGCACCUUCUUUGUGGCUUUUUUCCUUCGAAAAUUCAGAAACAGUCGAUUUUUAGGUGGAAAGGCUAGAAGAAUUAUUGGGGACUUUGGUAUUCCCAUUUCCAUUUUAGUUUCUGUGUUGAUAGAUUACACCAUCACUGACACUUACACACAGAAACUCAAUGUGCCAUCAGGAUUUUCAGUGACCUCCCCAGAAAAAAGAGGUUGGUUCAUCAGCCCCUUUGGUGACAAGCAGCCCUUUCCCACCUGGAUGAUGGGAGCAUCAGUUGUGCCUGCCCUUCUUGUGUUCAUACUCAUUUUUAUGGAAACUCAGAUCACCUCGCUGAUUGUCAGCAAGAAGGAGCGUCGCCUAAUGAAAGGCUCAGGCUUUCACCUUGAUCUGCUGCUCAUUGUUAUUCUUGGAGCUUUCUGUCCACUUUUCGGCCUUCCGUGGCUCACGGCGGCCACUGUGCGCUCUGUCACUCAUGUCAACGCCCUUACCGUCAUGAGCAAAGCUACAGCACCUGGAGAAAAGCCCAUGAUCCAGGAAGUGAAAGAGCAGAGGUUGACAGGACUUCUUGUGGCUGUGCUCGUCGGUAUGUCCAUAGUGAUGACAGAUGUGCUGCGCCUCAUACCGUUGGCUGUGCUCUUUGGCAUCUUCCUGUACAUGGGGGUCACGUCUCUGACAGGGAUCCAGUUAUAUGAACGCAUCACAUUAAUGGUCACGCCAGCAAAGCACCACCCUGACCAUAUUUACGUCACCAAGGUGAAAACAUGGCGUAUGAACAUGUUCACGAUCAUACAGCUGGCGUGCAUUGUGGCACUCUGGGUAGUCAAGUCCACUGCGGCCUCCCUGGCAUUCCCCUUUGUCCUCAUCAUGACGGUGCCACUGCGGCGCGUCAUCCUCUCCAGAAUUUUUGAGGAACGUGAGCUCCAGGCGCUGGAUUGUGAUGAAGAUUCUCCCAACUUCAAUGAAGAUGGACAGGAUGAGUACAACGAGAUUCACAUGCUUGUAUAAAGUUCAGUGAGACGAGAAGAAGAGUCUAAAUACUUGGGGUGACAUUUAGUCUCUGGGUCAAAAGGAAAAAUAUUUAGCAAAAAUGUUUGUAAAAUAGAUUUACUGUAUAUCUAUUUAUAUUAUAUGACAUCCGUAAUAUAUUAUUUAUUUCUGCUAUUAAGAAUAAUGAUCAACAAAACGUCAGAAAAAUAGUCACCUGAAGUACCUGAAAGAACAAUGCAAGCCUAGUAUAAUUUAUAUAAAGAUGUCUUAAUGUGUCUACCCCUUUAAAUACACCGCAGGCUUUGGGCAUACAUGCAAAAGUUAUGAUCAUCUCUUUGAGCGUACUCACACUAGGUUAUUUGAACCACAACUGCCCUGUGCCCCACUGAUGUGGUCCUCAAGUCACAAGUGCUAGCCAUUGAGUUAAAUGCCUAGACUGUCGACUCAAUGUCCAGUGCAACUCUGAAGUUGUCCGGGAGCGAGGUUCUCCACAGCCACACAGACUAGUAUCUGUUGAUUUGAUCAUUUCCUGUUACUGCAACAUUGCUGACUUUGUGACUUAUUUUGAUUUUGUCAUGGAAAUUGUAAAAAUGUAUGGAUUUAUGAAUGGCAUUCGCUCUGCUUGUCUUUGACAUUUCUCUUUUGAACUGCUUACCUAGAUUUGUCAUGUUCUGUUAUAUAGCAUGGUUAUAGUGACUAUGACUCAGGAGUGGCCAGUAGUGACCACAUUAUAGUUGUUCUAUGACUGCAUAGGGGAGGGGAAGUGUACUGAACCUUAACACUCACUAGCCGUACGUACUGGACUUUAGGUGUGUCCAAACAUGGUUUGAAUGACCUAUUUUGAGUACAUCCUGAGACUACACUAUGAACUUUGGUGUAUGUGAGGAAAAUUAUGAGAAAUCAAUUUCUGAAAGUCAAGAAAAACAAUUUUAAUCACUUCACCCCAAUUAACAGGUAUUGGUAAUGUCCCUAAAUCCAAAAAAAUGGUCCAGAAAAGCAGACCAAUUAUGUCUACAUAAUUUCCUUUUGAUUGUAAUUGUGUGCAAACAAGAGCUUAAGCACCUUUGUACAGACUUAUAACACUUUGACUUGCAGUGUGUCUCUGCCAACAAAUGCUCCCUGGCAAAGAAGUCACCUCUCACUGAAGCACAGCUUUCCUUUAGUGUAAAUACACAACAAAAUAAGCCACUUUGACCUUGUUUUGUCAAUGUAGUGUUUAUCAUUUAAAUUUUGUGCUGAUUAGUAAUGUUUAAAUAUUAAAACAGUUUAUCUACUAAAAAUGUGUUGGCUGAGACAUAAGAUGACAUUGCGUAGUUUUACCCACGUGACCCCCCCCCCCCCC